UGAAAGAAUAAGACCUGAACGUGCUGCUAAUCCCGUCUCUUCCUCAGGGAUAUACACGAGGUACUUUUAAUCCAAGAUGUCUGAAGUAGAGGUAGAAGUAGAGGAGAUGCUGGAGGAAGAAGAAGCUGCACCUGAAGUAGAAGAACCUCCCACCGCUGAAGAGCCUGCAGAGGAAGAGUCUCCAGCUGCAGAUGAAGAUGACUCAAAACCCAAACCAAAGGCAUUUGCUCCGGCUAUAGCUGUGCCUAAGAUACCAGAGGGAGAAAAAGUCGACUUUGACGACAUCCAAAAGAAGCGUCAGGAGAAGGAUCUGACAGAGCUGCAGUCUCUGAUCGAGGCCCACUUCAUUCAGAGGAAGAAGGACGAGGAGGAGCUCAUCGCUCUCGUUAACAGGAUCGAGAAGCGUCGUGCUGAGAGGGCUGAACAGCAGAGGAUCCGUGCAGAGCAGGAGAAGGAGAGGCAGGUUCGCCUUGCUGAAGAGAAGGAGAGGAAGGAGCUGGAGGAGGCACGUAAGAAGCUGGAUGAGGACGCCAAGAAGAAAAAAGCUCUGACAAACAGGACUCAGCAGUUUGGUGGUGUCCAACAGAGGCAAGAUGGCAAGAAGGGAGCUAAAAAGCAGACGGAGAGAGAGAAGAAGAAGAAGAUCCUGGCAGAGAGGAGGAAGCCUCUCAACAUUGACCAUCUCAAUGAGGACAAAUUGAAGGAGAAGGCCAAUGAGCUGUGGCAGUGGCUGCUGACACUGGAAGCUGAGAAGUUUGACCUUGGCGAGAAAUUGAAGAGACAGAAAUAUGAUAUCAAUGUGCUCCAGACCCGAAUCAAUGAGCAGCAGAAGUUAUCAAUCUGCUCCAGGCUCGCAUUCAGGACCACCAAAGCGCCAAAGGAAGAGGCAAGGGCAAGGGCAGGCUGAGAUAGAGGAGGACCUCAGC